UUUGUCCUCCUUUUUCUCCUUUCUCCCACUCCACCGCAAGUGAGAGCGCUCUGGAACUUAUUCUCUCAACAAGCGCAUACAGUGGCAGCUAGAGAAGCACAGAAAUGGCGGCGAGAGGAGCUUUGCUAAAGUACCUGAGAGUGAACGUACAGACUGUACCUCAAAACCUUAGACCUAAUACCGGCCUCUUCGCUCUUUCUUUCGAUGGAAUACUGCGCCGUUUCUCUGAAGAGGUAAGAGGCUCCUUCCUCGACAAAUCCGAGGUCACAGAUCGUGUCGUCAAUGUCGUCAAGAACUUCCAGAAGGUGGAUCCUUCCAAGGUCACACCAAAUGCCCAUUUCCAUAAUGAUCUUGGGUUAGAUAGUUUGGACACCGUGGAAGUUGUGAUGGCCCUUGAAGAAGAGUUUGGGUUUGAGAUCCCAGAUAAUGAAGCGGAUAAGAUCAAUUCCGUUAAUCUUGCUGUUGACUUUAUAGCUUCACACCCUCAGGCAAAAUAGGGAACACUGCAAAGGCCAAAGUGAUAUGUUGUUCUUUUCUGUGAGGAAUUAGCAACAUCAGUGAAAUUCUUGUAUUUUGGUCCCUCUUUUUCUUUUGAACAAAAUGUUUAAGAUUCUGUUUGAAGAGGAUUGUUUUUUAUAUUUAUGACUGAAGUGCUGCCCUUCUUGUUGAAGGGAAUUGUAAUGGUCCAAUGAGCAGAACUAGUUGUUCAUUGCCUAUAAGAAUUUUUACCUCCAAUAAAAAUUUUGUAGGUCAUUUCCAUGGA